AUGGCCUCCGUGAGGGCGACAAAGAGGAUAGUCGCGGUGAAUAGAGGGCACCAGCAACGCCACACCGCCGCCACCACCACCGCCACGACCACCACACCACCAGCACCACUACUACCAACACCGCCACUGCCACCGACGUGGAGGCACUGCACCUCUCUCACAGUUUUCGCCACUUUUUCGCACGGCCCUCGCCCACCUCCGUCACAUACAUAUUCCGUGGAGCAGCCAGCGUUUGCGCGCACCUUCGUUUCACUCAAUGGACGUUUCCGGGACAGGCGCUGCACCACCGCCGCCGCCGUGGACGCUGCUGCUGCUGCUCCCGUUGCCGCUAAUCCACUACUGACUGCCCGUACCUGUCGUUCCAACACGCACGACCACGAUCGGGGGAUCGCUCGGGCUCGACUGCCGCACGACGGCCUUACUUCGGCCAUCUUCGGAUCGCUUCGGCGAUUUACGCUCACUUUCCGCGCAGGGACGACGAUAUUGUGGGCGCAUCGAGCGCCCCGUCCUCGUUUCCUCUCCAAUGACUCAUGUGCCACACUGACGUAUACACAUUUUAACAGUUGUUGCUUUAAGAAACCAUCACGGCCUCUUUAUCGCAUGAAUCUGCAGAACAUAUGGACAUUGCCACAUGAAAAUGUUAUAGGAUUAAAACUUAUUCGCAACAAGCUUCUCUCGUUUGAAUAGCAAAACAUUCGAUUUCCCACAAACGUUUUAUAUCUUAAUUUUCAAAAGCAUAUGCUUUUCGUUACUACUCUAAUGUGUGAAUCUUUUUCCGCAUUUGAGCGGAAUCAUAAUGACGUCGAUGGAUGACGCGAAUCGCUUUUCCAACAUGAUCAAUUUAUGAAAUUUUAUUUUAUUUUGCUUUACGAGCAAUUUUAUUUAGAAUCAUGGUAUACAUACAACGUACAAUGAAAAAUAUACGCGUUCAUUUUAUCCGUUAAUUUUAUAACGCUAAAUUACAACGAAAUAAACGUUUGUUUCGUGCAAUCGUUUUCUUCAUCGAUUUCUCGUUUUACCAUGCGCCACGAUAUGCCGGUUUCCGACAAAAAAAAAAAAAGAAAAGACAACAGUAUACGGGUAAUCGAACCAGCGAUUUGCAACCAUGGUAGUGAGACAACGGAAAUAAGUAAAAUUCCGACCGAUCUAAGCACUUUCACGGUCGUGCCACCGUCGUCGCCAAUCGAAACAUUCGCGCUCGUGUCUUGUGAUUAAUUCAUAAUCUCGUUAAACAAUAAUAAACGAGAGAUCGAAAAUUUCCUAUUUUUUUCAUCAACUUCAUACGAUCGUUUUUUUAUGAAAAUGUCGAAAGAAGAACGCAUUAAUAAUUAAUAAUAAAGAAAACGAAAUACUUCAUCGAUGAUAUUUUAUUUGUCGUUUAGGAUUUGUAGAUUUUUAUAGAUUCUGAAAACAAUUCACCAUGCAUACCAUUGAAACCAUUUAAUGUGCAAAAAAACAAGAGAAACUUGAGGAAUCGCGUUUACAUUUAAGAAUUUGAUAUCUUUAUGACUACUUUAUAUAAAUGACCAAGUAUUAAUAAUGCGGUGACGGUCUUUUUGUAAAUUACCAAAAUAACCUUUCUAAUAUAUUAUAGAUCCAUUCA